AUGAUCAUGUUACCAGAAGCAUGCGUGGCAAGUAUCCUCUCCUUCACAACCCCGGCCGAUACUUUCUCUUCGUCGGCUGUCUCGUCUGUUUUCCGAGUCGCCGGAGACUCUGAUUUCGUUUGGGAGAAGUUUCUACCGUCCGAUUACAUCUUCUUGAUCUCCAGAUCGACUGUUCAUCAUCAUCGGAGUUUCUCAUCCAAAAAAGAACUCUUUCGAUGUCUCUCUGACUCAAUUCUCAUCGAUAAUGGCAGAAAGAUUUUCAAGGUCGAUAAACUUUCCGGGAAAAUAUCGUAUGUUUUAUCACCAAGAGAUCUUUCCAUAACUUGGAGCGAUCAACGUCAUUACUGGUCUUGGAGCCAUCGAUCAGAUUCAAGAUUUUCGGAAGGAGUGGAACUUAUAAUGACGGAUUGGUUAGAAAUCAAAGGAAAAAUCCAAACCGGAGAUUUAUCACCGAACACAAACUACGGAGCUUAUCUGAUUAUGAAAGUGACGUCACGAGCAUAUGGACUAGAGCUAGUUCCUGCAGAGACUUGGAUAAAAGUAGGAAAUGGUGAAAAGAAGAUAAAAACAAGUUAUUUAAGUUGCUUGGAUAACAAGAAACUACAAUUGGGACGGUUGUUUUACGGACAGAGAGAAGAGAGGAUGUCGAAGGAGGAGGUUGUCGGAAGCCGUCGUAGAGAGCCGGAGGCGAGAGACGACGGGUGGAUGGAGAUAGAGCUCGGAGAAUUCGAGACCGGACUAGAAGGUAACAAGGAGGUUGUGAUGAGUCUAACCGAAGUUAAAGGCUAUCAGUUGAAAGGUGGGGUUGCAAUUGAUGGUAUUGAAGUGAGGCCUAAACCUUAA